AUGGAGUCUACCGUGUCCUUGAGCGGCCGUUCUGAGCCACUAAGAAUCCUUUCUCUUGAUGGGGGCGGGAUCCGCGGAAUCUCAAGUCUGCUCAUAUUGGAGAAGAUAAUGGAGAAAAUUCGCGACGUUAAGCACCUUGACCGCGUCCCACGACCGUGUGACCACUUUGACUUGAUCGGAGGCACAAGCACUGGAGGAAUAAUCGCUAUCAUGCUCGGUCGGCUAGGAUUGACUGUGGAUGAAUGCAUUCGGGCCUACCGGAAAGUUGCGCAGCAGGCAUUUACUCGAAAAUGGACCUCUAUACUCCCAGCGUCGCCCAGUGGAGCUUUCUCCGCCCAGGCGCUUGAGGAAGCCAUUAAACAGACAGUUCGAGAGUUCUGUACAGAUGGGGAAUGUGUGACCCGUCGGCGACAAGGCUCCCCGACAACCGGAACGUGUCCACAUUCUAAUCUGGCCUUCCGUGACCAGGCUUGCACAAAAACGGUGGUUCUUGCAAUCACGAAAUCCAACGUCGACGCAAAACCGACGCUCUUCGAGACAUACGGUACAUCGGCUGACUUGAAGGAAUGCACUAUUUGGCAGGUAGCACGUGCAACUUCGGCUGCAACUACGUUCUUCAAGUCUAUCAAAGUUGGUCGGGAUGCAGUCGAAUACAUUGAUGCUGGUUUCGGGUAUAAUAAUCCCUGUGAUGAGCUCAUAACGGAAGCUCGGCGGGUUUUUCCUGAUCACCAAGAGCUACAAGUUCUGAGUAUUGGAACCGGUCUUGGAGAUGUGGUCAACAUCAAGGAUACCCGAAUGUCAAUCAUAGACGGACUGAAGAAGAUGGCCGGUUCGUCAAAGAAGGUUGCCACAAGCAUGAACGAGCGAUUCGGUGAUAGUGGCCAGUACUUUCGGUUCAACGUGGAUCGUGGCCUUGAGGAUAUCACAUUGUCAGAUUGGGAGAAAGCAAGCACAAUAUCCGCGCAUACUCGAAACUAUCUUUCGGAGCAGACUAGAGCGAUCGAGAGGUUUGUUGAUUUUUUCACGCGGGCUGGUGUAUUGUCGGCAGAUAGGUCUGGCAUCGAGCCGACCUACUCUGACAUUUCGAAAAUUCAGCAAGCAAACAGCCAAUCCCAGACCCACUAUGUCAUCCCUUCUAUAGCAAGUCACCACUUUACUGGACGCGUGGACACGCUGAGCUCGCUUAAACACAAAAUCUUCUUCCAAAAAAAAACUUACGAAGUGGCGUUGUUUGGACUUGGGGGUGCGGGCAAAACCCAAGUCGCUCUGCAGCUUGCAUAUUGGGCAAAAGAACAUAUGCCAGGACAUUCUAUCUUUUGGGUUUCCGCAUCGAGCGAAGGAAGCUUCAAGCAGGCCUACUCAGAAAUCGCGAGACAGCUUGCUAUUCAUAAAGCCACAGAUGACGAAACAGUCAUGCAGUUGGUGCAGCGCUACUUGAGCUCGGAGGCGGCUGGACCAUGGCUUUUGAUUGUGGAUAAUGCGGAUAACCUAGAACUACUUUUUGGUAGUGCUGAUGUCCCAGGACUCUACGGAUAUUUGCCCGAUAGCCGAAGCGGCGUGAUGCUGCUGACCACUCGCUCACGUGAGGUUGCGGUGUCAUUCGCGGAAAGAGACAUAAUCGAAAUCCAGAAAAUGAUGCCAGCGGAAGCCACUGCUCUUUUCGAGAAAGUCGUGGAUAAAGCUUUGCUCUGUGGUCGGCAGUCAACAGCACAAUUACUCGAGGAGCUUAAUUUGCUGCCCUUGGCCAUAACGCAGGCGGCUGCCUACAUGAAUAGGAACAACAUCUUGACUUCACGAUACCUUGAGUUAAUGCAUGGUACCGAACAUGAUAGGAUAGGCUUGAUGAGCAGGCAUUUUCACGAUCACACUCGAUACCCCGAUACUGUUGCCACGACGUGGCUGAUCUCAUUUAAGAGAAUAAGAGAAUCUGACGCCGCCGCUGCUGAAUUACUAGCAUUUAUAUCAUUCAUUGAACCGAAGGCGAUUCCGAGAUCACUCCUCCCGCCUUUGUGUUCCGAGGAGCAAAUGGAGUUCGCAAUUGGCACUCUAUGCGAUUAUGCAUUUAUGACCAAACGAGAUGAUGGCAAAGUAUUUGACAUGCACAGUCUAGUGCAGCUAGCGACGCGAUUAUGGGUACAAAAAGAAGAAUAUAUGCAACGAAUACUCAAGAACACGACACGCCACAUUGCGGUGGCUUUUCCACUGAGUGAUUGGGCGAAUCGUGAAUUAUGGAGAGCAUACCUACCACAUGCUCUUACGGUUCUCUGGAAGAAUGAUGGAAAUGAUAUAGAGGAGAGGUAUGAACUAUGCUACAAGAUCGGCAUGUGUCUCCUAGAAGAUGGGCGUACGAAAGACGCCAUUCGUUGUUUCAGAGAAGACUUGAAAUGGAAAGAAAAGUGUUAUGAUAUUGAGCACCCCCUGCGACUAAGAGCACAGCAUGAACUAGCACGAGCAUAUCAAGCGGAUGGCCAGAUCAAGAGUGCAUUAGAUCUACUCGAGCAUGUGGUUGCGAUACGACAAAAAACUCUAGCUGAAGAGGACACCUCCCGACUGAAUUCUCAGCAUGAGCUUGCACGAGCCUAUCAAGCGGACGGUCAGACGAAGAGAGCACUGGAACUACUGGAGUAUGUAGUCGCAAUCCGCGAGAGGACACUAUCCGAAAACCAUAAAUAUCGACUUUCAUCUCAGCAUGAGCUCGCACGAGCAUACCAAGUGGAUGGCCAGAUUAAGAGAGCAGUGAAGCUGCUGGAGCAUGUAGUCACAGUCCGAAAGAGGACAAUGGCUACAGACCAUCCUGAUCUACUACUCUCUCAGCAAGUGCUUGCGACUGUAUAUCAUUCGGACGGUCAAAAUACGAUGGCAGUAAAGCUUCUUGAGCAUGUGGUCGCAGUACGACAGAACACAUUCAAUCAAGAACAUCCCUCCCAACUGGCAUCCCUGCAUCAACUCGCGGGAGUCUAUCAAGCGGAUGGCCAAAUCCAGAAGGCUCUAGGACUAUUAGAAUAUGUCGUCACAGUGCGAGGGAGAACACUUGCUGAGGGUCAUCCCUCGCGACUGGCAUCGCAGCAUGUCCUUGCAAGGGCAUAUCAAGCAGACGGCCAGACCAAGAAAGCAGUGGGGCUACUCGAGCAUGUGGUUGCAUUGCGCGAAAAAACGCUUGCCGAAGGGCAUCCUGAUCGACUGGCAUCGCAGCAUGUCCUCGCAGCAGCAUAUCAAGCAGACGGUCAGAUCAAGAAAGCAGUGGGGCUACUUGAGCAUGUGGCCGCAGUACGCGAAAAAAUUCUUCCCAAAGGGCAUGUUGAUCGACUAACAUCGCAGCAUGUCCUCGCAGCAGCAUAUGAAGCGGAUGGUGAUAUCAUGAAAGCGGUGGAGCUGCUCCAGCUGCAAACCGCAAUACGACAUAAGGUACCUAGCGGGGAGAAUCCCUCAACGCUUACAGAAGCCCAAGAAGACUCUACAUUGCGAGCUGCGAUAGAAACUCAAAACCGCUCUGUUCAAGUUACAUUUGGGGGUAACAAUAGUGGUAUCCAGAUCGGUGUAAAUAACGGGGCUAUUAGCAUGGUGAAGCCAUGA